CACAUCUGCCAAUCGAUCAUCUGUAUGUGGAUGGAUCUAGAUUGCAAUCUUCUAUGGCAUUUUCUUCUUUUUUAGAGUUUUAUGUUAUGUUUUCAGUUAGGACCUUUCUUUUAUGUGUUAGGUGGCAUCAUUUCAUUGAGGCACAAAAGAGUUGAUACAUGAAAGGACAAUUCUGCUGCUUCUUCCACUUUCUUUUUAAAAAAUGAUGCUGAGAAUGAGAAAGAUUGCUGGAAGUGGAACAUUAUCAAAAAGAUUUAAGCUUUUUGGCAACAAACAACUGCACAUUGAAGCAAACAAUAAUGGAGAAGGAGAAAAAAAGAUGGAUGGAUCUUUAACUCACCACGACUCUUAUCGAGACCUGGAUAAGCUUGAUUUCAUGUCAGCUGCCAAGAUUCUCUUCACCACUCCCCCUAAACACAAAAAAUUCGGGCUUGAUUUUCAUCUGGUUCAACUCUUCUUCGUUUGCUUACCUUCACUUGGUAUA